AUCGAUUAACAUCCGGUAUUAUGGUCGGAAGUGAUUAAAAAGAAUUUACCACAUGCUUUAAAUACGGCGAAGUUUCUGGUUGACACAGCUGUGUACUGAAAUUCAACGACAAAUUAUAGAUACUAUAUUAUUCACUGGGUUUAAUAAUUGAAUUAGCUUAUGUGAUGAAUUUCAUUUAAAUAAUUAAUUUGUUAUUUGAAACUUCUGUACCAACCAGAUACGUCACCUGAACACAAAUCUCUACCAUUCUAUAUUCAGAUCUUUUAUUCAUGGAGCAUGUUACCACAUGAAGCAAUAACAGAAAGUUAAAAAUAGUAGAGCUUCGGACUAAAUGUCUUCAUUAUAAAUACUCGGCUUCGUUCCUUUACAUUUCGAUUUCAGAAUAUGUCGCGAUGAAAUUAGCCCUUCGUUCAUUUACUCAGAGACUUCGCAUACAUUCUUCCUGUUACCAGAAAUAUGUUUGUGAAACCAAUAUAUAAAGUGACUGUAAGAAAUUGAAUAACCAACAAGACACGAGUGAAACUGAAGAAAAGGAAACCAGAGAAGAACAACAAGAGGCUGGUGAGAAUUAAGAUAUUCUGCAUAAUGGACCAGUUUAAAAGAUAUUCAACUCUAGCACAGAAUUACCUUGCUUUGUCACCCGAACUGUCAAGAUAUUUCAUGUUCAAGGCUUUAAAGAAUAAAUCAGAUGAAGAAAACAAAUGUUGGUGCCAGACCUGUGGUACUUAUUACUUUCCAAAUAACUUAAAAGUAAGACUUUCACCCAAAUUAACCCUGAAUAAGCAUAUAAAGUCGUUGGUGAAACGAUACAAGAAGGAUCCUGAUUCACUAAAGGCAUGUCAACAAUCUCUAGCACUUCACUAUCUGAAUGGAAGAAAUAAAUUGGUCCUUACAUGUCAAGUGUGUCAUACCAAAAAAAGUUACAAAGGAAAGAAACGGUUACCUAUUAAAUGGACUACUCCUUCAAACAGCACUGACAAUUCUGUGGAAGAUUCUAAGUUGAAAAAGCAACAGCUAGUAUUGGAAAUUAUGUCAGAAAUGAAAUCUAAGAAAAAGAAAGCAUCUUCAGUAAGUUCGGAAAAGCAACGCAAUUCAAAACACAAAAAGACCAAAAAACAACCAUCCUGGAAGGUGAAAUGUGAAAUGAAAGCACUUUUGAACAAAGAAUCUACAGUUUCAAAUGAUGAUUCUUUACUGAACUUUUUGUUGAAUACUUAAUAUUCUGAUCAAGAUUGCUCAUAUGUGUCUGUGAAGCAACUAUGGGAAAGCAAAUAAGAUCAACAUAAACAAAUUUUCACAAUUAUUCUUCAAAACAUUGUGAGUCAACUUCAUUUUCAUUUUUCCAUGGGGUUGAUAAAAUGAAUACCAAUCAUUUACUAGUAGACAAACUGAAUAUACUCUCCUACAAAGUUUGCAGCAUUAUGUCAAUGUUAAUGUUAAGGCAGCAAGCUGGCAAAAUUGUUAGCAAACCAAGCAAAAUGCUUCGCAGAAUUUUAUCUGUCUUUACAUUCCAAGUUCAAAUUCUGCCAACGUCAACUUUGUCUUUCAUCCUUUUUUUUUUUGCGUGGGGGGGUGUCAAUAAAUUAAGUACCAGUGAAACACUGGGGUCAAUGUAAUUGUCUAGUCUCCACCCCAAAUAUUUCAGGCUUUGUGCCUUUUACAGAAAGAAUUAUCAUUAUAGUGGUGGUGGUGGUGAUGACGAUGGGGAGUUGGCAGAAUUUUUAAUAUACUGGAUAAAAUGCUUAGUGGCAUUUUGACUUUACCUUUCUGGGGUCAAUAAAAUAAGUACCAGCUGAGCACCAGGGUUGAUAUAAUCAACUAGCUCUCUCCCACCAAAAUUUCAGGCCUUGUGCCUAUAGUAGAAAGGCUUCUUAGUAGUAUGGUGGUCGUUGGCAGAAUUGAAACAUUACCUUGCAAUAUUUAUUUUUGACCUAUGGAAAAAAGCACCCAUACACACUGUGAAGUGGUUGGUGUUAGGAAGGGCUACAGAAACCUGGGCCAAAGCUGACAUGGAGCAUGAUGCAGCCCUGCGGUUCAUUGGAUCCUGUCAGAACUGUCCAACUCAUGCCUGCAUGAAAAAUGGAUGUUAAAUGAUGAUGACAAUUUGUACUGAAUUCAGAUUCUUCCAGCUUUGCCUUGAAAUCUCUCAUAAUUAAUAAAAUAAAAACCAUUCAGAUUCUGGGAGUCAAUUUAAUUGACUGUACACACCCUACAAAGGAUUUGUGGCUUUGUUAGAAUCAUUUUCGUUUUAUAUAAGACAGUUACAUCUUUUCCCAUUUCAGUUCAAAUUCUGCCUUUGUCAGCUUUGCCUUUCAACUCCCUGGAAGUAAUUAAAUAAGUACCAGAUAACUACUGAAGCUGAUGCAGUGAACUGUAUUAUCUCUAUCAGAAUGUGUAGCCUUGUGAUGAAGAUUGAAAUCAAUUAGUGUUUAAGAAUCUUUCAUUCUUUUGAAGUUGAUAAAAUUAGAACCAAUGAAAUACUGAAAUAGAUUUAAUAUUAUGCCUUUCUGUCAAUCUUAUAUAAGCACUGUUGUAUUGUCAAAGACUUCAUCUUUAAAUAUUCUUGUACUGCAUGUAAUUUCUGAUAAUUCUUUCCCAGACCAUCUUGCAACUGGACUUGGAAUUUCUAGAUAAAAAAUCAUCAUCACCAUUGUUUUAACUUCCAGUUUUCCAUGCUCACAUGGCUUAGAAACCAUGCCAAAAAUGAAAUCUAAAAGUGAGAAAUGGUCCUCUGGCCCAUCUAGGAGGACAGUAACUCCAAAGUAAAAACUGAAUCAGUAUUUGGUGAUGGAAAAACAUGUAUUGCUACUGAUGCUAUCCCAAUAAAGUUGAACUUUGAUUUAUAGUCA